CUCUUUUCAUGAAAUCUACUGAAAGAAAAUGAAGAUAAAAAUAACGAGAAAUUUGUAUCGUAGACAACUUUAGCUAUUUCAGUAUUCUGAGGACAUAGCUUGUAUCACAUUACCUUUCUGGUGUUUUCGACUGUUUUGCCAACAGUUGGUAUAGUUUUUUGCCAACUAUAAAGUUUGGUGUGACUGCAUAUGGCUUCACCAGAAGUCGGUAUGGCUUAUCACCUACCACAGCAAAUAAGUCCUCAUGGCGGCAGUGUAGCUACAUCAACUAAAGUUGUCAAUCUUUCGAGAGCUCAAGUCAAUCUUACACAACCAGGACAAUCUGGAUAUGCUUCUCCGGUAUCACCACAGAAUGCACAAAUGAACGCUUACAAUUAUUCAACGCAACAAGGUCAACCUCCAUCAUCCUAUGCAUAUCCAGUGGGAAAUGAUCAGGCAAGUGACAAUUUUAAUCGAACAGGUUUUCAAAACUAUGCGCAACCACAAGUUUUUACCGUUGGUUCAAGUCAACCAGCACAAAUUCAGCAGACACAACAACGUCCACAAUUUCAGCAACAGGGUUGGAAUCAACCUCAACAAACACAACAGUAUAAGGUUCUUACAACUCCACUACAAACUACAAACAUGGGACAAGCUUAUGUUCCGCCUGUUGGUCAGAUUAACGCUCAACCAACGUAUGCUGCUCAGCCGAAUGCUGUUUAUUAUGGCCAGUCAACGCAAAAUCAACAUCAAACACCACAACCACAGCAACCGUAUCAACAGCAGUCACCACAACAACAACAACAACAGCCGCAAGGUCAGGUCAUAUAUGCACGAUCCGCCAGUCAGUCAUACGCUCCUUCAGGAAAUACAUAUCCAACUCAAGCACAAUAUACACCACAAACGGGCACAGGUGCAGUAACCUACCAACCAGCCAAUCAGAUGGCUUCAACAAUUCAACCAAUCACAAUUCAGCCCAGUCAUCAAGUGAACCAAACAAGUCAACAGAAUUUCAAUCAAGCGCCUAGAUUUCAACACGUGCCAAAUAAUACUGUAUCACCUACAAACCCUCCAUCUUUUCAAGCACAAAAUCAACAAGUAUAUUAUCAGAAUCAACAAAAACAGCAACCUCAACCACAAGUUUAUUCUUCACAAACGAAUUAUAAUCAAGCUGACAACAGACCAACACAAGUGGUACAAUCUACUUGGAGUGCACAACCAAAUAGUCAAGUGGUUGAUAACAGACAAAAUCAACAACAGUACCAACAGUAUCAGCAGCAGCAACAAUACCAACAACAACCACAACCAGUUCAAAACAGUCAGCCAUAUUCACAAAACUCACUGCCACCUGCAAGUGCUAAUCAAGGAGUCGAUCAACAACAAGUUCGUAGACGUAUUCCUUCUGGAGGGGUUCAAUCAAAACCUAUCAAAGUGAAAUCACUGCCAAUGCGUAAUUCAGUUUGCAUGGAUGGUGCUGACUCCACUGGUCCACCACAGUUUGUAGUUCAUCCUGUUGGUCAACUGACUGUAGCCGAAGGUGAACCAACAAGUAUAAGCGCUCGUGUUCGACCAGCAGGCGAUAGUUCAUUAACUGUUGAAUGGUAUAGAAAUGGCAAACCACUACCAGCUGCCUCUCGCUUCACGACAACUUUUGAUCGAGGUUAUGCAGUGCUUGAUUUUCUAUACACAAAUGAAGAAGACAAUGGCGAUUAUUCUUGUGUUGCAACUAACAGUCAAGGCCAAGAUCAAUCAAGCAGUUGUCAUGUCACUAUUAUACCAGAGGAUCGUGUUGUCACUGACACCCAAUUGCCUGAAGAAUCAAUGAUUGCAAAUCUUGCUAUGAUGGAAGAUCAUUUAGUUCAGAAUGGAAUCAAUCGAUCAACUCGUUAUCAUGAUGAUGUUCGUCCAACAAAUCCACCAAACUUUUUAAAACCACUUGCACCACAGAUUGGUCUUCAAGAAUCAGCUCCUGCACAUUUCGAGACAAUUGUAGAACCUUCCAAUGAUCCUUCAUUGAUAGUUGAAUGGUAUAAAGAUGGAAAACCAGUUAGCAUGGGUUGUCGAUUUAACGCUGUUUUGGAUCGAGGAUUUGCUAUGCUGGAUAUUCAUUAUUGUUAUCCAGAAGACAAUGGAGCAUACUUUUGUAUAGCUCGUAAUGCUGUGGGACAAGUUCAAAGCAACGUGGUUGACCUACAAUGUAAUGCUGAACAGCACAUAGUUACAAGUUCACUAUUAUCAAAGGAGUCGAUCAAUUAUCUUCAAAGUUUAGAUGCUUGGGAAAGCGAUGCCAUGGCUGGAUAUGAUACAGUGAAAAGAGAAGAAGAAGAACCACCAUGUGCACCAUCCUUUGAUAUUCUACCUGUUGCAAUGACUGUCACUGAAGGAUCACCAGCUAAAUUCAUUGUCAAAGCAGGCGGAAAUCCAAAACCAAAAAUAUUUUGGUAUAUUGAUGGAGAACUUAUGGCUUCAUUAGGAGGAGGUGGAAAUUGGCGAAUCUUUCAAGAUGGAGGUAUUAGUAAUUUAGAGUUUCUUCGUGUCAGUAAUCCUGGUCAGUUGAAUAUUAGAGCUGUGGCAAGAAAUAAUAUGGGUGAAGCAGCUGCGGAGACAGUAUUAAUUAUAGAACCACAUUUGGACUUUCGACCAGAUCUACGUCAUGUUGAACCAGAAAAUCCAUUCAAAAAACUUGUGCAAUUACGAAAGGUGAAGUGUAGUGAUGAGCUUUCUUCAGCUUUUCGUAAACCUAAAGCUCAAGCACUUGAUUUACGCCGUUUGGAACGUGCUCUUGAAAAUCGUGGUCGGUCUGCUGCCGGUGCAGAGGUUGAAGAAGCUGAAACUCUGUACUCUCGCGUUCAAUCUCAACUGCGUACAAAUAGACGUUCUAGUGUCCCACCACCAACACCACCACCACAGAAUGCUCAACAAAAUAAUAUACAACAUCAAAGACAACCUGCACCGCCUACACCACAACCACAACAAAACAAUUUCCAGCCACCGAUGCAGAAACCGACACCACGACCACAAUUUCAAGCUCCUGUCUCACCACAACAGCAAUACCAACCACCACCAUCACCGCUAGUACAACAGCAACAGCAACAGCAGCCACAGUUUCAGCAGCCUAAUUCAGCCUUCAGGAUGAAUGCGCCGACUCAACGUCCAAAUCAGGCUUCACCAACGGUACCAGUGUCACAACCAUUAUCAAUCAAUCCACCUGGACUAGUACAACAUCAACAACAACAGCCAACAAUGGUAUCACCAAUGAAUGCUGCAUCGCCUGCACAACCAACGCCACCACCACUUGCUAACCAUUCGCCAGCUACUCCGGUGGCUCCAGCGGCAAGUGCUCCUCCACCACCACCGCCGCCACCGCCUCUUGCUACACCACCUGUGAUGAAUUCGAUGAUGAAUACAUCUUAUCCAUCUCCAACUGAAAUGGCCAGCUCUGAUGCAGUCAGUGCAGAGUUCACUAUCCAACUAUAAUUCAACUUAUGAGGAAAGCCUUUAAAAAACCCCCAUCUCAUAAGGAAUAACAGCUAUCGUAUGAAUCUAUCCAUCCAUCUAUCUAUCUACCUAUUUGUCUGUCUGUUAAGUCAGUUGCCUGUUGCUCAUUACUAAUCAUUUAGAAUAUUUCUGCUUAGCAAAACUGUUUCAUUUGAAUAAACCUUUCAGAGAAAUUUAAACAAAACAAAACACCAAAAAAAAAAUUUAUUCCCUUACAUUGCUUGGCUUUAUUUUACUAGUGGUAUAAAUCUCCUCUUCCUUUAUUAAUAAAUAUUAUACGAACUAGACAAUCAAAGCCUAGUGAAUCAUGCAAACAUUUAAACAAAUCAAAAACCAUCUAACCAGUACCUAGAAUGCACGUUAUUCAUUUUUUUUAAAACACACAACACUAUUGAACAAAUUGAAAUAUUGCAUGUGAACUAGCCCAUUUUGUUUAUUUAAUCUAACUUAUCGAAAAUAAUACCUUCCGCGCGGGAUUUAAAAUAACAUUACAUAUAUAUAAAUAUGUAUACUUAGUAUGUGAGUGUCGGUGUCUGCGUCAUCAUAGACUGGAAAAAAAGAGGAAACAACGGAGAAGAUUUUCGUAGAAAUUGAUUUAUUACUAUGCAGUUUUAUUUAUCACAUAGCAAAAAAAAACAACAACCACAAAACAAAAUUCACAACUGCUUAACACAUUAUUCUUAUGUUGUUUCUUUUCUAUAGACUCUUUUGAUUUUCUACCCGAAUGUUUUAUUCCUUCCAACUUCCCCACACCCCCCAGCCGUAUUUUUCUGUCAAAAAGUUAAGGAGUGAAUGUGAAGGGGAACUUUUACAGUUAGAGAAAGCACGAGAAUGCAUUACAACCUUUUCAAUUCAUUCUCUUAUUUUGAAAAUGUCUCCCGUGAUUCAUAAUUCCCUCCUUUACAAACGAACCAAUGAACGAACGAACGAAUACAUACAUAUUUUGAUUGAAUCAAAUAAACAAAAAAAUUGAAAUUAUUCAAUGGCAUAUUUUCCAUCAAUUUCGAAAUAACUUUUUCUCUCAUUUUCGUUUUAACUAUCAUUCUCUUCUUUCUUUUUUGUUGUUGUUGUUUUAGUUGUUAUAUAUUCAUAUGUAUUAGUUCAGAUACAUAAAAAAAGUGCCUACCCUACGAUAUAAGCAAGCGCGUAUCAUUGCUCAUAUUCACCUACUGAAGUUCAUUACCCUAAAACAUCGAAUUCACACAGAUGAGUCUUCCUAUCUGUAUGCAAUCACCUACAUAUAUAUACAUACUAUUAUAUAUUCGCUACUCAGUUGUUGCUUAUAAUUUUGCCAGUUUAAUUUCAAUUUUAUUAACGCUUUCCCCUUUGCAAUUAAACAAAAGAAAAAGCAAGUUUGUUUUAGUCCUGGAAGUGAAAAAAUUAUUUUCGAUGAA